CGCGGCUAGAUCACGUGCCCCUGUUUGGCGCUUUUGUGCGCGCCCAGGUCUGUUGGUGCUCAGAGUGUGGCCAGGCGGCUCGGAGCGAGCAGGGCUCUCUUUACCAGUGGAUUGUAGAGGGUGCACGGCCAGUCUUCUGUUCGACAUGGCAUCGUCUGAUAUUCAGGUGAAAGAACUGGAGAAGCGUGCUUCUGGCCAGGCUUUUGAGCUGAUUCUCAGCCCUCGGUCAAAAGAAUCCGUCCCCGAUUUCCCCCUUUCCCCCCCAAAGAAGAAGGAUCUUUCCCUGGAGGAAAUCCAGAAGAAAUUAGAAGCUGCAGAAGAACGGCGCAAGUCUCAUGAGGCAGAAGUCCUGAAGCAGCUCGCCGAGAAGCGGGAGCACGAGAAGGAGGUGCUGCAGAAAGCCAUCGAGGAGAACAACAACUUCAGCAAGAUGGCAGAGGAGAAGCUGACCCACAAGAUGGAAGCUAACAAAGAGAACCGGGAGGCGCAGAUGGCUGCCAAGCUGGAGCGUUUGCGAGAGAAGGACAAGCACGUUGAAGAGGUGCGGAAGAACAAAGAAUCCAAAGACCCUGCGGAUGAGACUGAGGCUGACUAAUUUGUUUUGAGAACUGACUUUCUCCCCGACCCCUUCCUAAAUAUCCAAAGACUGUACUGGCCAGUGUCAUUUUACUUUUCCCUCCUGACAAAUAUUCUAGAAGCUGAUGUAGGACCGUAUAGGUAGAUCCAGACCGUGAGAUGUUUUAGGGGCUCAAGGGGAGAAACUGAAAGUGUUUUACUCUUUUUUAAAGUGUUGGUCUUUCUAACGUAGCUAUUUUUCUCGUUGCAUCUUUUCCACUUGAGCACACUCGGUGUGCUGGGUUAAUGGCUAGUACUGUAUUGCCUCUGUGGAAGACGUUUGUGAGGAGUGUAGUGGCUUCUUCCGACCUGUUAGAUGCUGAUAUCUGUUCACACCUGCGAUCCCAAUUCUGUCCCAAUCUUAUCAGAUGCUACUGUACUUGAAUGGUUAAUAAACUGCACAGUGCUGUU